CAUUAGAUGUGAGCAUCCCUUGGCGGUCAUGCCCCGCCUCAGUCUGCUAUCCAAGGUCCUCACCUUCAAGACUAGUUCCAUAGUUGUGGCGUUCGAUCAGAUCAUGGAGGGUGUCGAGCAUCUUCAUAAUUUGCGUAUUGCUCAUGGAGAUGUGUUUGGCUGCAAUGUGGUCGCCGCCACUGAAGAAGACGCGCAACGUGAUAUGAGAGUGACCGCUGGCAAAGUGUAUCUUAUUGACUUCGAGAGUUGUCGGCAGUUUGCGCUAGGUCCUGGUGUCCAAGGUGCGGUUCCAGUGCCACCAGCUCAUAUCAGACCACCCCUGGGAUUGAAGUCGUUUGAUCCGUUCUCUUGGGACGUCUACUGUCUCGGCGCAACACUGGAAGUCAUUCUCCAGGAGAAGUUCUUCUGUGAACCGCAGUCUCAACCAUGGAUUCUUCGUUGGUACGCGCAGUGGCUGAAAGGCAACGAGGUCGGAUGUACAGCCGCAUGUCAUUGCCGUCCCCGCAUCAGAAGGGCACGACAAGUUCUCGCGAGCAUCCGACUGAUUGUCGACGUGGGCGAGGUCGUUCAAGCGGUAGUCACCUUUCCAACUGUUCUUAGCAACUCUUGGCUCAGAUGAGUAGUCCACCCUUUGUUGUACUUGAAGC